CACUGAAAGUUUCAUUUUCAAUAACACCCCCCAAAAAAUUCCCUUCCAAAUAUUUUUUUCUUCUUCUUUCAAUUCACAGUUUUUUCUAUAAAAAACAUAACCUGUCCUUGUACUUGACUUACAUAAACACCACAGUUUUGUACUUUUUGCAGAAACAUGGAAGAUCCCCUUGUCAUAAUUAAACCUUUGCUUUCAUUGCUUGCAGUUGGGGUAUUGAUACUAUGUGGAUGGAAGAUUCUAAACUGGGCAUGGCUGACUCCAAAGAAGCUUGAAAAAUGUUUGAGACAACAGGGUUUCAAUGGAAAUUCUUACAGGCUUUUGUUUGGGGAAAUCAAAGAGAUGUUCACCAUGACAAGACAAGCAAGAUCCAAACCUAUGUCCCUUACUGAUGAUAUUGCCCCAUAUGUUAUUCCUCAUUAUAUUCGAACUGUUAAGAACUAUGGCAAGAAUUCAAUUAGGUGGUUUGGUCCUAGUCCAAGGGUGACAAUCAUGGACCCUGAGUUGAUAAGAGAGAUAUUUAAUAAAUUCAAUGAGUUUCAAAAGCCUAGGAUUAACCCACUUAUUACCUUGCUUUUUAGUGGGAUUUUAACCCUAGAGGGAGACCGGUGGGCUAAGCAUAGGAAGAUUAUUACCCCUUCAUUUCAUCUGGAUAAAUUGAAGAACAUGUUGCCGGCAUUCUACGAAUGUUGCACCGAGAUGAUCGAGAAAUGGGAGGAGGCAGUCUCUGUAAACGGGUCGAGCGAGGUCGAUGUGUGGCCUUGUUUGGUAAACUUGACACGAGACGUGAUUUCUCGAGCGGCUUUUGGGAGUAGCUACGAAGAAGGAAGACGGAUUUUCCUGCUAUUGGAUGAGCAAACUAAUCUUCUCACCGAAGCGGUUCAGUCGCUUUAUGUUCCGGGAUGGAGGUUUUUACCGACAAAGACGAAUAAGAAGCUGAAGUUGAUGGACAAAGAAAUAAAAGAUUCACUUAGGGGAUUGGUAAAGAACCGAGAGAAAGCAGUUAAAGCCGGUCAAGUGAAAAAUGAUGACUUAUUAGGCAUACUUGUUGAAUCCAACUUUAAAGAGAUCGAAGAACAGGGGGAUCGGAAGAACAUGGGAUUGAGUAUCCAAGAUGUGGUUGACGAGUGCAAGCUGUUCUACAUUGCCGGCCAAGAGACCACAUCAGUUUUGCUGGUUUGGACGAUGGUGUUGCUGGCAAGGAACCCGGAUUGGCAGACAAAGGCAAGAGAAGAAGUUUUGCAAGUUUUCAGUGACGGUAAACCAGAUCCUGAUGGUCUUAGUCAUCUCAAAGUCAUGACAAUGAUCUUGAACGAGGUUCUUCGGUUAUAUCCUCCGGUUGUUAUGCUAGGACGGUCCGUGGCAAAGGAUAUGAAGCUUGGGAAACUAUUGUUACCUGCCAGAGCGGUAAUUUCGAUUCCGGUCCUCCUCAUUCACCACGAUCAAGAAAUUUGGGGUGACGACGCGCAUGAAUUUAGACCCGAGAGGUUUGCGGAAGGUGUUUCGAAAGCGACAAAGAGGAAUCAACUUGCAUUUUUCCCUUUCGGAGGGGGUCCAAGGAUCUGCAUUGGGCAAAACUUUGCUCUGAUGGAAGCAAAAAUGGCGCUUGCGAUGAUUCUAAAACGAUUCCGGUUCGAGCUUUCACCUUCAUAUGCUCACUCUCCCAUCACCGUAAUUACUCUUCGUCCUCAACAUGGUGCUCAUUUGAUUCUACAUAAACUCUAAGGUACUCAAAAUUAUAGCUUUUUUUUUAAAGAUGGAAAUUUCAUUAAGUGGAGCUUUGAUUUUACACUCUAAUGAAUUUUCCAAGUAUGUAACUUGCUACUAUUUUAAUUGUAAUUUUGUGUGGGAUUUUAAUUCUUGUGAAGUCGAGUUUUUUAA